CAGAGCGGGAGAGGAGGGUGUGUGGGACUAGCUGCUCCUGACAGAAGGAUGCUGCAGUUGAGCCUGUCCUGGCUGGGCCUCGGGCCCGUGACAGCAUCCCCAUGGCUGCUCCUGCCGCUGGUCGGGGGCUCCUGGCUCCUGGCCCGUGUCCUGGCCUGGACCUACACCUUCUAUAACAACUGCCGCCGCCUCCAGUGUUUUCCGCAACCCCCGAAACAGAACUGGUUUUGGGGACACCAGGGCCUGAUCACUCCCACGGAAGAGGGCGUGAAGAAGUUCACCCAGCUGGUGGCCACCUAUCCCCAAGGCUUUAAGUUUUGGAUGGGUCCUGCCUUUCCCAUCCUCACUUUAUGCCAUCCUGACACCAUCCGGCCUAUCACCAGUGCCUCAGCUGCUGUUGCACCCAAGGAUAUGUUUUUCUAUGGCUUCCUGAAGCCCUGGCUGGGGGAUGGGCUCCUGCUGAGUGCUGGUGACAAGUGGAGCCGCCACCGUCGCAUGCUGACGCCUGCCUUCCAUUUCAACAUCCUGAAGCCUUAUAUGAAGAUUUUCAACAAGACUGUGAACAUCAUGCACGACAAGUGGCAGCGCCUGGCCUCAGAGAGCAGCGCCAGACUGGACAUGUUUGAGCACAUCAGCCUUAUGACCUUGGACAGUCUGCAGAAAUGUGUCUUCAGCUUUGAAAGCAAUUGUCAGGAGAAGCCCAGUGAAUAUAUUGCCGCCAUCUUGGAGCUCAGUGCACUUAUAGAAGAAAGAAACCAGUAUGUUCUCUUGUACCCAGACUUCGUGUAUUACCUCACUCCUGAUGGGCAGCGCUUCCGCAGGGCCUGCCGCCUGGUGCAUGACUUCACAGAUGCCGUCAUCCAGGAGCGGCGCCGAACCCUCCCCACUCAGGGUAUUGAUGAUUUCCUCAAGGACAAGGCAAAGUCCAAGACUUUGGACUUCAUUGAUGUGCUUCUGCUGAGCAAGGUGGGCUUCUCUGGGAUGUGAAUUCAAGUCACAGAGUGGAGAUUUAUGCCAAUGUCAAAUGAAAGAACUUGGACUUGAUCCAGAGGGCAGUGGGAGCCAUGGAACAUGCUUGAAAAGAACAGGUCAGAGAUAGGUUUGAGAGAUGACUCUGUGGAAUUCAGCUGGCAGGGGACCGCUAAGUUUGAAAUAGUGAGGAGCCUGAGAUUUUACUUACAUGUUAGUAAGUCAG